CCCCUGUCGCUGAAUUCGCCGUCGCUGUUGUAGCCGCCGCCGCUGCUGCCGCUGUCGCUGCUGGAGAAAGAGCACGAGCCGGAGAGCCCUAGAGUGAAACCCACCAUCGGGCUGGCUGGUGUGCCCGCUGCACCUUUCUUCUCCCCCGGCCCCUGCCCUCUCCCCCCACAGGUGCCAUCCGUCGCCAUCCGCCCUCUCUACCCCCCCAUCCUCAGGUGAGGGGGGUGAGUUCGAGAAGCCGAGACCCCGAGGAACCCAGCAGGGGCACCAUUUGCAGCGCAACAUGGCAGGAGCUGGAGGAGGGAAUGAUAUUCAGUGGUGUUUUUCUCAGGUGAAAGGAGCAGUAGAUGAUGAUGUAGCAGAAGGAGGGUAUGAUUCCAUUCCAUUUUAUCCAAACAUGAUAUCAGAUUAUCCAGGAACAAGUUAUAAAGAAGGGAGACUGGUUCCAGAACACAUCUCUGGAAAUUACCCUAUGGACCUUGACUCUAAUGGCAACAUUACAAUCAGACAUAAUUUCUACGGUAGAGUUUAAUCAUUCUGGAGAGUUACUAGCAACAGGAGAUAAAGGUGGUAGAGUCGUCAUCUUUCAACAGGAGCAGGAGAACAAAAUCCAAUCCCAUAGCAGAGGAGAAUACAAUGUUUACAGCACCUUUCAGAGCCAUGAACCAGAGUUUGACUACUUGAAAAGUUUAGAAAUAGAAGAAAAGAUCAACAAAAUUAGGUGGUUACCCCAGAAAAAUGCUGCUCAGUUUCUAUUGUCUACUAAUGAUAAAACAAUAAAAUUAUGGAAAAUCAGUGAAAGGGACAAAAGACCAGAAGGGUAUAAUUUGAAAGAGGAAGAUGGAAGGUAUAGAGAUCCUACUACCGUUACUACACUACGAGUACCAGUCUUUAGGCCCAUGGAUCUAAUGGUUGAGGCCAGUCCACGAAGAAUAUUUGCCAAUGCUCACACAUAUCACAUCAACUCAAUUUCUAUUAAUAGUGAUUAUGAAACUUAUUUAUCUGCAGAUGAUUUGCGGAUUAAUCUUUGGCAUCUGGAAAUUACAGACAGGAGUUUUAAUAUCGUGGAUAUUAAGCCUGCCAACAUGGAAGAGCUAACAGAAGUGAUUACAGCAGCAGAAUUCCAUCCAAAUAGCUGUAACACAUUUGUAUACAGCAGCAGUAAAGGCACUAUUCGGUUAUGUGACAUGAGGGCGUCUGCGCUCUGUGAUAGGCAUUCUAAAUUGUUUGAAGAACCAGAAGACCCCAGUAACAGGUCAUUUUUUUCUGAAAUCAUCUCUUCUAUUUCUGAUGUAAAAUUCAGCCAUAGUGGUCGAUAUAUGAUGACUAGAGACUAUUUGUCAGUCAAAAUUUGGGACUUAAAUAUGGAAAACAGGCCUGUGGAAACAUAUCAGGUGCAUGAAUACCUUAGAAGUAAACUUUGUUCACUCUAUGAAAAUGACUGCAUAUUUGACAAAUUUGAAUGUUGUUGGAAUGGAUCUGACAGUGUUGUCAUGACUGGAUCUUACAAUAAUUUCUUCAGAAUGUUUGACAGGAAUACAAAGCGAGAUAUAACUCUAGAAGCAUCACGGGAAAACAAUAAACCUCGCACAGUUUUGAAGCCUCGGAAAGUCUGUGCGAGUGGCAAGCGAAAGAAAGAUGAAAUAAGUGUUGACAGCCUAGACUUCAACAAGAAAAUCCUUCAUACAGCCUGGCACCCCAAGGAAAAUAUCAUUGCUGUAGCUACUACAAACAAUCUGUAUAUAUUUCAAGACAAAGUGAAUUAGGGUUGGCAUUCCUAGGAGAGGAGCCCACUUCCUGCUUAGUUGAGAUAGUUGAAAUCUAGCAUUCGUACCUAUAAAAGAGAGAGGUCCAUCGUGGUGCCCCUUUCCAGUGUUUGACAGUGUGCCAUUUGACAACACAUUUUUGUAUAGCUACAUGGAGAAAGCUCUGUGGGUUCAUCACUUGGUGUUCUCCAUGUCUGCUAGCCAUUUAGGUAAGGGUAGGGCACUUUUAAUUUAAAUGACUUCUUGCACCAUCUUGCCUAAUGGACUAGAUUGGACUGUAUCAACAUUGAUUUACUCCACUUUUUAUGCCUUCCAUUGUGAUGAUGUCAAACACAGUGAAAGCCUUCAGUCAUGCUAUGGGAUUUAAUUGUGUAUCCUCAUUACUGUAUCAUUGUGGGGUACACCCUUCCUUCCCCUUUUUUAAAUUAAAUACAGCUCAUUCUUACUGUGGCUUGUAGCAUUCCUCCUCUCUGACCUCCUGGACUCUCCCCGUCAUCUCUCUGACCUUUGCCCCACCCACCUGGUCUUGGUGGUGGUAUAUUACAAAAAGAAUGAAAGCACACAAAAUGAGUCAGUUUGGGGUUAGUGGUAAAGGGGGUAUAUGUUGCGAACAAAUGUUUUAAUAACAGUUGGCUGUAAUCACUCCUUGCCAUGUAUGGCACUGAAAAUAAGGAAAAAAACUACUACUGAAUAAAAGUGACAAAGAAUGGAGAA